AUGGCAAUCAUCUUUCCAAUUGCCGUGGCUCUUCUUGUCAUCUACAUAUUGUCGUUUUACGAUACGAUACGGUUGAUGAGAAAGUUUUGGGUUUACGGUGAAAAAGUGAGUUCGGGUAGCGCGAUAGAGCUACGGUAGAUCAUUAUGAAAGUGGACAAUGCUAGACGAUUACGGUAUCUUCAAAGACACAUCACUUUUUCGCUAAACUCGCCGAUCCAGUUCAGAAAAACCUGUUUGCCGAAAACUACCGUAGCCCAAUCAUCUAUUAACAAAUUGGUGAAACCUUCGAAAACCCUUUUUGAUUCGUUCUAGAUUCCCGGACCUCCAGCUCAUCCAAUCUUCGGCAAUGCUGCACUGUUCAAGAACAAAACGACUGAAGGUGAGCGUCUGAUUCAUCGAAUGUCGACUAGACACCAUUUUCCAGAAUUUGUCGAGAUUUUCAUCCGAUUGGCAAACGACGCAAGAGAAAAGGGCGCUAAUCUGAUGCGAGUUCAGAUGAUGGGAAAGAUUUAUGUGUGGCCAUUGAAUGGAAGGACCGCGGCGACGAUUCUGGAAUCGUCGACAGAAGGCAACAAAGGCGACGAUUACAAGUUUCUGCAUCCAUGGCUCGGCGGUGGCUUGCUCAUGGAAGCGCUCGGAGAUCGAUGGAAGCGUCAUAGAAAGAUGUUGACUCCAGCGUUUCAUUUCGCCAAAUUGGAGGGUUAUUUGGAGGUCUUCAAUAGUGAAACUAAAGUAAUCGAAUGUUCGAUAGAUACAGGUAGCGUGUAGUGUCUUUUUGCUUUUUCCAGAUCAUGAUCGAUUGUCUGGAAAAGGGCAUGGAAAACGGGGAAACCAUUGACCUAUUCCCUUAUAUCAAACGUUGUGCAUUGGAUAUUAUCUGUAAAACCGCCAUGGGCAUCAAGAUCGAUGCUCAAAUUGUUCACGAUCAUCAGUAUGUUCGAGCAGUUGAGGGCUUCAAUAAACUUGCGGUAAAUCUAACGUUUCGGGCAUCUUUUGACUUCAAUAACUUUUCGUAUUUUGUACAACAAUUCAGGUGGAAUACUCAAUGAACCCAUUUCUGUGGAACCGAUUCAUCUACUGGGCUCUUGGCUAUCAAAAAAUGCACGACGACUUUUUGUACACGUUGAAGAAGUUUACCAACGAUGCAAUUGUCGAGAGAAGAGCAGCCAUCGCGUCUGGAAAAGUGGAGAAGCAAACGUCGAAGCGAAAAAUGAACUUUCUGGAUAUUCUUCUGAGCAGCGAAGAGUCGAACGAGUUGACGUCGGAAGAUAUUCGUCAAGAAGUGGACACGUUCAUUUUUGCCGGCCAUGAUACCACCACAACAGCUCUAUCAUGGGUUUGUUGGAAUUUGGCGCAUAAUCCUGAGGUGCAGGAGAAGGUGUACAGCGAGUUGGUAGACGUUUUCGGCGAAGAUCCAAACGAAGAUGUGACUCCGGAGGGAAUUAAUAAGUUGGAGUACACGGAGAGAGUGCUCAAAGAGUCGAAAAGAGUCGUGGCGCCAGUGCCUGGAGUUCAAAGGAAGCUGACCAAAGAUAUUGUGAUUGGUGAGUCCAGCCGUCUCUUGACACAACAACGUUAUGCCUUUCAGAUGGCAUGACGAUUCCCUCGGAGGCCAACAUCACAAUUUCGCCAACUGUUCUUCACUGCAACCCUCAAGUCUAUCCGAAUCCCGAUAAAUUCGACCCGGAUCGAUUCUUAGUCGAAGAAAGCGUCAAACGAAACGCCUACGACUACAUCCCAUUUUCGGCUGGCCUGAGGAAUUGUAUUGGACAGAAAUUUUCGCAGCUCAAUGAGAAAGUCAUGUUGAUUCAUUUGAUGAAAAACUUCCGAAUAGAGCCCAACCUCGACUACUAUGGCACUAAACCGACUUUUGAGGUAAGCGGCUACGCGGCUGUCGUUGAAAUUUCACGGAAAUGUUUACAGGUAGUUGCGAAACCGUCAAACGGAAUUCCGGUGAAAUUAAUCAGACGACGCCACUGA